AUGACAGAAUCCAAAGCUGUACCUUUAAAGGUUAAGGAUGAGGUUGAUUCAUUGAAAAAUACACAAAAUCAUGAUGUGGAAUCUUUGAAUUCUUCAUCUUCAACUUCUACCAGUGAAACUGAUGUUAAUCCAUUCAAGGAUCCUGAAAUUGCCAAAUACUGGGGGAAAGUUUAUGAAGAUGCUAAAUAUGAAUGUCGUCAUUUAUUUGAUCCUGAGUUUAAAUGGGACCCAUCUGAAGAGAAAAAAGUCAUUUGGAAGUUAGAGUAUAGAGUUACAUUACUUGCAUGUUUUAUGUUUGUUGGUCUUCAAGUUGAUAGAGGUAAUAUUAAUCAAGCCUUGUCUGAUAAUAUGUUAGAAGAUCUUGGAUUGACUACUCAAGAUUACAACUAUGGGAACUUGAUCUUUAGAGCUUGUUUCCUUGCUGCUGAAUUACCUUCUGGUAUAAUUUCUAAAGCUAUUGGUCCAGAUAUCUGGCUGCCUGCUCAAAUGAUCAUGUGGUCUAUUGUUGCAACUUCUCAAGCGGCACUUAGUGGUAAGGCUUCGUUCUAUACUACAAGGGCCUUGAUUGCCAUUUUGGAAGGUGGUUUCAUUCCAGAUAUGGUUUUAUGGCUUUCUUAUUUCUUCACCUCAAAAGAACUAUCAACAAGAUUAGCAUAUUUUUGGACUUCUUUAUCCGUUUGUGAAAUUUGUAUUGCCCUUUUAGCUUUUGCUUUGUUGCGUAUGAGAGGUAUCCUUGGUUUAGAAGGUUGGAGAUGGUUAUUUCUGAUUGAAGGAUUAUUCACAUUAUGUAUUGGAAUUAGUUCUUAUUUUUUGAUGGUUGCAUCUGCAGCACAGACAAAGAGACCAUGGAACAAAAAAGGUUGGUUUACAGAACGUGAAGAAAAGAUUGUUGUUAAUCGUGUAUUAAGAGAUGAUCCUUCAAAAGGUGAUAUGCACAAUAGACAAGCUUUGACAUUGAAAACACUUUGGAAAUCACUUGCUGAUUUUGAUAUUUGGCCAAUUUAUUUAUUGGGUUUAGUUGCAUUUAUUCCACAAUCAACUGUGAGUAGUUACUUAACAUUGAUCAUCAAACAGCUGGGUUUUAGUACAUUUAAUACAAACUUGAUGACUAUCCCAUCAAGUUUUUUCCACAUUAUUACUUUGUUGAUCAUCACCAAAAUAUCAGAAGUUGUCAAUCAUAGAUCUCUAAUAGUUUUGAUUAAUCCACUUUGGUCAAUUCCUUGUCUUGCAGCUCUGAGAUGGUGGAAAGGUACCUUGAAUGAUACAUGGGGUACUUGGAUCUUGGUAACUAUACUUCUCUCAGUUCCUUAUAUUCAUGCCAUCAAUGUUUCUUGGUGCUCUAGGAAUUCAAAUUCCAUUAGAACUAGAGCUGUAUCUGCUGCUGUUUAUAAUAUGUUUGUCCAAGCUGGUGGUAUGAUAGCUUCUCAAAUCUAUAGACCAGAAGAUAAACCAUAUUAUAGACUAGGAAAUCAAAGAUUAUUUGGUAUAUCAAUGGCAACUGGUGUUUUGAUUUUGGGCAUUAAGCUUUACUACAUGGCUAGAAACAACUACAAGAAAAAGAAAUGGGAUGCUAUGACCGAAGAUGAAAGAGUUGAUUACAUUCAUAAUACUACAGAUGAAGGUACAAGAAGGCUAGAUUUUAGAUUUGCUCAUUGA